GGAAAUUAAUCGACAGUCUGUGCCCGAGAUUGAGUAUGUCCAGCCUGAGAACGCUUUAUCUUGUCCAGCCAAAUCCUGCUUGAUUUCAACAGGAUCUCCUGUCUUCUAUGAUCUUGCGACUCUGAGACAACAGAACAUGGACAGCUACCAGGAAAUUUUCAAGUGGGCCUUGCCCUCGAAAGACCAGCGCAGCCACUAUACAGCCGUACACGCAGGGGAAGAGAGCGGAAGCUCAGACGAAGUAAACCUUUUGUCAGAGAAGAUACUGAACAGGCAGCAUGGCAACUCUAGCAAACACCGUCUGAUUCUGAACAUCAUAUUGUUCAUCGCACUUAUCAUCGGCGCAACUUCUGUCUUCAUAGCAUUCAUGACUCACUAUACCAUUGUCCGACGAAAUCUGGUCAGCGUCAACCUACCAUAUGGGAACCCGAUCCCCCCAAUCCCCUUGGAAAAAAGACAUUUUGGCCCGGCCGAAAUCUUCACCGAGCGAUCAAACCCCCGCAGCGACGCUGCAUGGGAGGCACUUGCAGGGCCAACGCUGAAUGACCAAGGCUUCAUCUACAUUCCCAACUGGGAAGAGCUAAAGCUGCCCCGGGGGGGUGUUGUCCACGGAGAAAUGAUGUACGGGAUAAGCAUGUUCCAUCAGCUGCACUGUCUGGGCGCCAUCCGACAUACAUUCUGGCAGCUGAUGGACGGCAAGCUGGAUCCGGCGGCCUUUGAAGCCAUGGACGGGGAUACGACCGAUCCGGGAUUCAUCCCCAAAGGACAUGGUCUAUGGCACAUUGAGCACUGCUUCAACUAUGUGCGCCAUGCGUUGCAAUGCUAUGGCGAUACCACGAUCGAGGUCCCAACGGACUUUAACGGGCAGUUGAUCUUCAUUGGCUGGAACACGACGCACCAGUGUCGCAAUUUCGACGCGAUCUGGGACUAUACCGUCAAGCAUUCGACUUUGGAUCACUUGGCAUGGAUUUAG